AUGCCCUGCUAUAGCGGCUCUGCAUGCCCGCCGGUGUUUGCUUUCUCAGUUUGCGCGGCGCAGGACUCGCAAGCGUGGACGAACAACAACCAAAAUGUGCGGGUGAACUCCAUCGUGGAGAUUGAGUUCGCCGAGAAUAUUCAGGCCAGUUUCGGCUAUAUCACCAUUCAGCCCGCCAUCACGGGCAUCGGCACCUCGAGCGCAGCUGCCACCACCAUUUCAGUGCCAAGCACCGAGGUGGUGAUCAGCGGGGCCUCGCUUUUUCUCAACGACCCCACCAGCUCCGGUGGACGGCAGGAUGCCUUCGCAGAGGAGACCGUGUACACUCUCUCCUUUGAUGCGGGUAUCAUUCAGAACCUGGCGGCCACUGAUACCAACGCCGCCUUCUCUGUACAGUUUACCACAGGCGACUUCAGCCCACCCACGCUGGUGUCCAUGUCCCCCGUGGACAACGCGCCCAACGUGGCCAUCACUACGACCAUCGCCCGGGCAGCAGUGGGCAAGUUUUCAUGGUGCAUCCGUUCCAACGUGGAUGUCUUCACCUUUUCAGAGAACAUCCAGGUGAACCCGGCGGCCUUGUCUGCAGUUGAAAGUGCGGGGGUGGAGCAGAGUUCGACUGACACCCUGGUCACCUGGGGCAUCCAGGACCCCUACAUGCGCCAGUCCCCUUGGACACUGACGGCGCCCUGCAACGAUGCCCAGAUCUCCGUCUCUGGCACUCAGGCCACCGUUACGGUAGAUCCUGUCGGCUUCGCCAUCCUACCCUGCAGCAAGUACCAGCUGGUCUAUGCUGCCCAAUGCUUCACCGACACCUCACAGAACCUGAACUACGUGGCAGCCCUGCCCUCCUCGAGCUUCUAUGAUUGGUGGACAAGCUGCAUCACCGCCUACAGCCCAGCGGUGGGCGAGUACGGUGUUCCCAUCAACUCCGACAUCGUGCUGACCUUCUCGGAAGCGGUCCUGCGGGGCACGGGCAACAUCGAGCUCACGCCCUUGGGGGAAGCGUCGCAGAGCUAUGACGCCCGGGGUCCCAGACCUGCGAGCGGCGGGGUAUGA